CAGUGUGCGCCGCACCCGGAAGAGACGUGGCAGCGGAGGGAUAAUCAGAGCGGCCGGAGCCGAAGGGAGCAGAGCUUCAGCUACCGGAGUGGGUCAACGCAGUCUCCGAUCUUCCGCGCUUCCCACCACCCUUCGCAACUCGUCGCGACCGGUAUCGCGGAGGAUCGAUCAUGGGACUUUGCAAGUGUCCCAAGAGGAAGGUGACAAACCUGUUUUGUUUUGAACACCGAGUCAACGUCUGCGAGCACUGUCUAGUAGCCAAUCACGCCAAGUGCAUCGUGCAGUCCUACUUGCAGUGGCUACAAGAUAGUGACUACAACCCCAAUUGCCGCCUGUGCAACACACCCCUGGCCAGUCGAGAGACGACCCGUCUUGUCUGCUAUGAUCUCUUCCACUGGGCCUGCAUCAACGAACGAGCUGCCCAGCUACCACGAAACACGGCUCCUGCUGGUUACCAGUGCCCCAGCUGUAAUGGCCCCAUCUUCCCCCCAGCCAACCUAGCUGGCCCUGUGGCUUCAGCACUGAGAGAGAAGCUGGCCACGGUCAACUGGGCCCGGGCAGGACUGGGCCUUCCUCUGAUCGAUGAGGUGGUAAGCCCAGAGCCUGAGCCCCUCAAUUCCUCAGACUUCUCUGACUGGUCCAGCUUCAAUGCUACCAACCCCCCUGUGCAAGAAGAGAUAGACAGCACGUCUGUUGCUCCAGCUUUCUACAGCCAGGUUCCCCACCCCCCUUCUUCCCCAAGCCAUCCCGAGCAGCACACCGUCAUACACAUGGGUGGUACUGAGGCCCUGACACAUGCCCCAAGGAAGGUAUAUGACACCCGGGAUGACGACCGAACAGCAGGACUCCAUGGAGAUUGUGAUGAUGACAAAUACCGCCGUCGGCCUGCUCUGGGCUGGCUAGCCCAACUUCUCAGGUAUAUGGAGACAUGCAGGAUAAGUGUCAGAAAGGAAACGACCCAUGAUGGACAAUUUGAUGACAGUAGGCUUGUUCUGGGCACUGGCAGCAUCCAGGGCCAUGGCCAUAAUGAGGUCCUGACUGGCAGGCAGGCCUACCACGCAUGUCCUUUCCAGGGUUGUGCCCUUUCCUCUUACAGGAGGUUUGAACUUGGGCUCUGAGACCCCUUCCUGCUGUGAUGCCACCUGAUUUUUAUUAGUCUCCCUCAUGUUCAGACUUCCAGGACAAUUUGUGUGUUACUGGUUCAAGCUUCAUAAUAACCCCAGAUGAUGGCCAAUGGGGAACAGGGGUGAUCAUUCCCACUGCACAGAUAAGGAAAUUAAGGCCCAAAGAUAGUGGCUAAGACUUCUCUCUGUGCCAGGGCAGGGUUCUAGGGCCUCGUCUGACUUUUGCUCAUUCCUCUCAGGAGCAGGGCUGGGUCCCGGAAGCGGCCACUGACUCUGCUCCAACGGGCAGGGCUCCUGCUCCUGCUGGGGCUCCUGGGCUUCCUGGCACUCCUUGCCCUUAUGUCUCGCCUCGGCCGGG